AUGAGAGCGAAUAAUAAUAAGGGUGGAAGCAGCAGCCAGCCGAGUGCAGCAGAGCUUCCCUCUCCUCAAGUCUUUGGAGACAAAAAUUAUAAGAUACUGAAAGAAAUUGGAAGUGGAUCCUUCGGAAAGGCCUAUCUGUGCGAUAUAAAGGGGAAGAAAUAUGUAAUGAAGAGGAUUAAUAUGAAGGAGUUGAGUGACGAAGAAAAACAAGGAGCUUUACUUGAGGCGCAAAUUCUUCAAAAACUAAAGCAUGAUAACAUUAUUGCAUAUAAGGAAUAUUUUAUAAGUUCUGACAAGUACCUAAAUAUCGUAAUGGAUUAUGCGGAUGGAGGGGAUUUAUUUUCGAAAAUCAAAAACUCUCCUUCAUAUUUUUCAGAAGACCAAAUACUGGAUUGGUUCACUCAAAUAGCCCUUGGAUUAAAACAUGUACAUGAUUGUAACAUUUUACAUAGAGACCUUAAAACUCAAAAUAUUUUCCUCACUAAAUCUGGGAAAAUUACAAUCGGCGAUUUUGGAAUUGCAAAAAUUCUAAACUCGCAAACAGAGUUUGCCAACACGGUUAUAGGAACGCCAUAUUAUCUUAGCCCAGAAUUAUGUGAAGAUAAGCCAUAUAAUCAGAAAAGUGAUGUGUGGGCAUUGGGAUGCGUUUUAUAUGAAUUGACCACUCGAAAACAUGCAUUUAAUGGUCAGAAUUUGCCUGCUCUUGUACUCAAAAUUUUAAAAGGCACCUAUCCACCCAUUCCACCUGUUUAUAGUAGUAACUUGAGUGAUUUAAUAUCUUCCAUGCUACAGAAGGAUCCUGACCUCAGACCAAGCAUGAGUGAAAUUUUAUCUCUUCCUUUCAUACAGGAGAGAGUUUUUAAAUUUAUAUUGAACAAGCAACAAAGUGCGCAAAAUGUUUCAAAACCAAGCAGUUCUCUGGAAGAUAUUUCCAAACAGGAGGCCGCAUCAAACAAUCCUCGGUCUGUGACUCCUCAGAAUCAACCAAACGAAGCUCAAGGAAACUCUGAUCAAAAGGUCCUCAAAAAAGAUCCAAAAUGGUUGGAAGAAAAGCAAAGAGAGAUGGAUGCUCUUUUCAAACAAUUACACCCCUCAAAACAGGUCCCUAUCGAUACUCUCUCAAAACUCCAAAUACGAAAGCAUAUGGAAGAACGGAAAGAACUCAAAAAAGAAAAAUUGAAAGGACGAAAAGAAUACUAUGAACAAUUAUUAGAAAAGAAGAUUGCCAAACCUUCGGCGGCAGGAGUCAUGGUUUCAGCAAGUGCACAAAAUCAACCGGUUGCAUCACAACAACAAGCUAUUCCUCCGCGUGUGUCCCUUCCUUCAAAUAUACUGCCUUCCAAGGCUCAACCAACUACUCAAAGGCAGUCACCACCUCAGGUCCCUAGCUCAGAAACCAAAACUUCACCAAAACGAAAUGAAGAUCGUCCUAGACCAUCAAAAUCGCAAGACGACAACGAAAAAACUGUAUAUAGUUUGGAAGAAAUUUUGAAUCAACAACGAAAGCCUCCUGUGAAAACAAAAUCAUCCGAACCGAAUGGAGGUUCAAGUAAAUCGAAACACUCUGAAAACGUCAUUUCAAAAGAAGAACAAAGGAAAGACAUCAAGAACAAACAAGACAGUGAGAGACAAAAGUGGCUCAAUAACAUGAAUGGCAACGAGGCAGAGGACAGGAAAAAGAAAUUCCUUGAAGAAAAAAAGGAAGAAAAAAGGAGAAGAAAAGAAGAAGAAAAAAGGUUAAAACUCGAACAUAAGAAGAAGAUGGAUGCCAUUAAGGGUCGGAAAAAUCAGGUUCGUCAAAUGUUUGGUCUCGAUGAUGGUGCACCAUCCGUAGAUGACUCUCAAUCUUUCAAGAAGCAAGAGGAAGCCCACAAAGUGAUGGAACCAACCGAAGUAGAAUUGUUGAAAAAGAAGGAAGAAGAAGAGAAGGAACGAAAACGAAGAGAGCAAUUGGAAAAACAGAGGCAAGAUUUUAAGGAAUUCAUAAAGAAUCAAAAGAAGAAAAAGAAAGAGGAUGAAAUUCCUGUUGAGAUUGCAAUUCCUCAUAUUUCAGAGAGCUCCAAGAGGUCUCAUGACCAAAAUGUUGACAAUCAUUCAGAUCUGGCAAGUCUCAAUGAACAGAACACUCCAAAAAAACAAUCAUCUUCGCAAGGAAAAAACGUGGAAGUGUUGAUCGUUGAAUCCAAACCAAAGCACGAGCUCGUUCAAGCAAAAUCUUCACCUUCAAAGAUAAUCAAUUCUCAGUUCGAAGAUUUGGAUUUGCUACCUUCCAAAGAAGGUCAGUCACAACCUCCAACGUUCGACAGAAAUAAUGGCACUCCUGUGGAAUUAAAAUUCCAUACACCUAUUAGGAAGCACGAAAUUGAUACAUCGCAACUCUCUCCAACAGAAUUAGAAAAUCUGAGAAAGAAGCAAAAUGAAUUGGGAGUGAGGAUUGAAUCAUUAAGGUCUUAUUGUGAAAACAAGUUUGGCGAACGAACAUUCAUGGAGCUUUAUAAUUUUCUGAGAGAUUUUGAGUUCAAAGAGAAUGAGGAUGAAGAUAGUCAAGUGCAUGAUGGUAUUUCGAGAAUUCUUGGAGAAGAAAAGUCACGACUAAUGCCUUACAUCCAAAAAAUCCAUCAACUUCUAUUUUGCGAGGAUUUAUUUUAUGGAUAA